UCCCGUGAAUGAUGCUGGGGGCGUGUCCUCAGGUCGGUCCGCGUGCGGUUACCUGAGAAACGCGCGGGCUUCAGCGCGGCCGCGUUGGCUAGUUCGGCUUCUGAGGAGACCCUCGCGCUGCUCUGCGGCCCGGGCGACGCCAUGGAGGUGGUGGAGGCCGCCGCUCAGCUGCAGACGCUCAAGUUCGGUGGCUCCGGCCAGGGGUCGGCUGCAUCGCCGCCACCUGAGGAGCGCCGGGAGGCCCCGCCUCCGGGGGUGCAGCCGCCGCCGCCAGCCCCGAGCUCGGAUCCCGGCGGAAGACCACCGCCGCCGCUAGCCCCGAACUCGGAUCCCGGCGGAAGACCACCGCCGCCGCUAGCCCCGAACUCGGAUCCCGNACCGCCGCCGCUAGCCCCGAACUCGGAUCCCGGCGGAAGACCACCGCCGCCGCUAGCCCCGAACUCGGAUCCCGGCGGAAGACCACCGCCGCCGCCAGCCCCGAACUCGGAUGCGGACGGAAGACCACCGCCGCCGCCAGCCCCGAACUGGGAUGCGGGCGGAAGACCACCGCCACCGUUAGCCCCGAGCUUGGAUGUCGGCGGAAGACCACCGCCGCCAGCCCCGAGCUCGGAUGCCGGCGGAAGACCACCGCCGCCGGGCGGGGCCUGGGUCACCGGCCCGAAAGCCACGGAGCCGCCGCCAGUGCUGCAGGCCUCAGACUCAUCGGACUCGGAUUCGGACAGUGAAACAGAUUCAGAUAGCUCCAGCUCCUCCUCUUCGUCGUCCACUUCAUCUUCAUCCUGUGGAUCACUUCCUGUGUUGUCAGAUGGAGAUGAGGAUGUCCAGAUUGAGAAAGAAAAUAAGAACUUUCCUCUUAAAACAAAAGAUGAAUUGCUUCUUAAUGAACUACCUUCUGUUGAAGAACUCACUGUAAUUCUGCCUGAAGACAUUGCACUAAAGCCUCUUGGGAAGGUUUCAAGCAUUAUUGAACAAUUAGUAAUAAUUGAGUCUGUGACUAACAUACCUCCAGUUAAUGAGGAUACUGUCAUUUUCAAAAGUGAUCGACAAGCAGCAGGGAAGAUAUUUGAGAUAUUUGGACCUGUUGCCCAUCCAUUUUAUGUGUUACGGUUUAAUUCAUCAGAUCACAUUGAGAGUAAAGGUAUCAAAAUAAAUGAGACUAUGUAUUUUGCUCCAUCAAUGAAAGACUUCACUCAAUAUAUAUUCACAGAAAAGCUCAAACAGGACAGAGGAUCGGACGCUUCUUGGAAGAAUGAUCAGGAACCCCCUCCAGAAGUCUUGGACUUCAGUGACGAUGAGAAAGAAAAAGAAGCCAAACAGAGAAAAAAAUCUCAGAUUCAAGGCCGUAAAAAACUCAAAUCUGAACUGAAUGAGUCAGGUGAAGAUUUUGGUGAAGUGCAUCAGAAUUGGAAUGCUUAUAGCUCUUCAGAACAUUCAAAAGGAUAUCACAACAGGGAAUUCUCAAGAGGCUUUGCGAGGGGUAGAUACUCUCGAAGAAGCCAUGGCAGGCCUCCACCUCAGCAGUACUAUAACUCAGAUCAUAUGGCAUCUCAAGAGAGUUUGGGAUUUGCACCUCAGAGACAAGAUAAUCCUGUCAUGCCCCACUAUCCUUUUCCCCCGCCCAUGUUUGAUAUGCAUAACUUUCCACUUCCGCCCCCGCCCCCACCUCCACCCCCACCCCCACCAAGCAUGGGGUGGGCUGCACCUAGCAUGGCCUCUCAUCCUGUGCUUAACUUACCAUACUCCCUGCCCCCACCACCCCUUCCUCCACCACCUCCCCCUCCCUCUCCUGGGGAAAAUAAUUCUUCUCAUUUUGGGCCUUAUUUUUAGUUGUAUGCUUAUAUUUCAGAGAAAUAUGGUAAAAAAGAAAAUUUAACAUAUAUUAUGGAACUAGAUUAUUUUUUAUAAAAACAUUGUAAAAUACUAAAUCAAAUGACUCAGUCGUACAUUCAUAUAUAUUUUUAAUAACUCAGUUGUAAUCUCAUAUAUAUUUGUAGCCUUUAUGAAAUGAUAUUGCUAGGGAAAGUUCAUCUCAUUCUUAGGAAACUCCAGUUCAUGUAAUAAUUAAAUGCAAUGUUGACUCAUGUCCUCUGCUACCCACAGCAGGCAAACAGCGUGCAUAGUGAUGGUUAUGACACAGGGUUCAUCAUGGCCGCCGAUACACUGAACACUGAUGGAAAACUUGACCCUUCAUUUAUAAGUGCAAGAAUUCUUUUUUUUAUUUACACAUUGAAGACUUUAUUGAAAAUAUUUUUAAUAUAACCACUAUUUUGUGUGGUUUAACUCACUUUACCAAAUAAAAUAGCACAUCUUGAGAAGUCUAAUUAUAUAUUACUUCUUCAUAACUUAAAAUCAUUAAUCAGGUAUAGGCAUUUAUUUAAUAUACAUUAGAACUAUGAUUCAAUUUUUAAUUUUAUUGAACUACUAAAGGCAAAAGAAUAAGUUGUCUGCUCCCUCCCUGUAAUAACAGGGUCUAAAAUCACUUGGAGUCCUAAAAACAAGCAAACUCACAUGUUUGAAUUCUUCUGCUCAUGAAUUUGUAAUUUUUUUAAUACUUGCUUCUUUUACCUUUUAUAUAUACAUGGUUAUCCUAGUGCAAGAAUUCAUUAGACUUGAUUUCCUUAAGCAAGUUAGGAGUGUGAAGGAGGAAGACAUUGGCUGAAGCUCUCAUAAUACUAGCGGGUUAGUAUUCACUGUGUAUUGACAGACUUGUGUUGUCUGUGUAGCUGUCAGUUAUUUAGAGAGCUUUACUGUUCCACUACGUACAUUAAGGCAUGUGUUGGUGUAUAUGUGUAUUCUGUGUCUAUCUGACAUGUGUAACGUGUAAUAAAGGCAUAUUAAAUGACUGAGUGAAUUUAGAGUUUUUAA